CCGUGUUUUUGCUAGCAGACCCUCCUGCGGUGCAGUGAUGUCGGUGCUGCUCUGUCUCACAGUAGGAGCAAUCUGCAUUUACCUUAUAGUGUAUUACAGUGUGUUCAAAGGAGCGAGGUACUGCAGCUCAGUGAAGUUGAGGGGGAAGACGGCCAUUGUUACAGGAAGCAACACUGGCAUCGGGAAGUCCACGGCUCUGGACCUGGCAAAGAGAGGAGCCAGGGUGAUACUCGCCUGCCGCAACAAGGACAAAGCUGAGGCUGCGGCUUUCGACAUCCGUACAGAGAGUGGGAACAACCAGGUGGUGUUCAUGCAGUUGGAUCUGGGGAGUCUUGAGUCUGUUCGCAGCUUUGUUAAAACCUUCCUGGAGACGGAGCCCCGACUGGACCUCCUUAUCAACAACGCAGGUGUGGUGGGCCACGGACGUACGGAGGAUGGUUUCGACUUGGGGUUUGGGGUAAACCACCUGGGUCACUUCCUGCUCACCGACCUUCUCCUGGAGCGCCUCCAGAAGUGCGGUCCCAGUCGUGUGGUCACCGUUUCAUCAAUUUUGCACUAUUUAGGCAAAGCUGACUUCCCCCUGAUGACUUCUAAGAAGGAUUUGGUGUCUGGUCAGUCUAUCUGGCGCAACCUUCAAGCCUACUGCGACAGCAAGCUUUGUAACGUGCUCUUCACCAGGGAGCUGGCCAACAGGCUGGACGGCACCAGCGUCACCUGCUUCUGCCUCCACCCAGGAUAUAUCAACACAGAGCUGUCUCGAAGCUUUAGCCUGUGGCAGCAGCUCCUCCUAGUGCCCUUUGCCAAGCUCUUCCUCCAGGAUCCUGAAGGGGGGUCCCAGACCACCCUGCACUGUGCCCUUCAAGAGGGCAUUGAGCCUUUUAGCGGACGCUACUUCUCUAACUGUGCACUGCAACAAGUGGGAGCCAAGGGGCGGGAUGAUGCCCUGGCCAAGAAGCUGUGGGAAGUGAGUGAGAGGUUAACCAGUUUAUAACGACGGACCAAAUCCUGAGCCAGCGUGUUUGCUCGGUGCCUUAUCAGCCACUCUAAGGGCUGCUUUAUUACUGUCUGGUCUUUUUACAUAAAAAUACAUUAAAAAAUAAGUAUUACUACUUUUAACCAAGUAUAGAAACUAUUACUUCUUCUAUCACUGUGAAUAAUGAUCUUAAUUGCUUUGUUCUAUUCAAAUUCAAAAUAUAUUCCACCUUCAAAAAACGUACAACUCAUGGUUUGAUAUUUUUUAAUUUCCUGCCUUCCAAAUGUUCCGCUUUUUCUCUUCUGUACCAAUGUAAACCAGUCCACACAUGGUGUAGAAGUGGAAAUCAAAGACAAAUAACAAAAGCUUUAACUCAAAAAUAAAUUGCCCACUGGCACCACGCCAGGGAAAUGAUCCAA